AUGGCGUCAUCAUCAAACAUUUACAAGUCACCUGCCUUGACGCACGAGCUUGUCGCAAAAUGCUCCACAACAAGAGCUCGGGCAUCAAUAUUGACUCUUCCUCAUGGCGUCGUACAGCUUCCUAUGUUCAUGCCAGUUGCAACUCAAGCGUCUCUAAAGGGCAUUACCCCUGAACAGCUUGAAGAGACUGGUUGUCGGUUAUGUCUAAACAACACAUAUCACCUCGGCUUGAAACCAGGACAAGAGGUCUUGGAUGCGAUAGGUGGAGCGCAUAAACUCCAAGGAUGGAACCACAACAUUCUGACUGACAGUGGAGGAUUUCAAAUGGUCAGUUUGCUCAAGCUUGCAACCAUCACUGAGAAAGGUGUCGAAUUUCUGAGCCCUCAUGAUGGAACACCCAUGCUACUUACUCCGGAGCAUUCCAUGUCACUGCAAAACAGCAUCGGCAGCGACAUUAUGAUGCAGCUGGACGAUGUCCUUGUCACAACCUCUCCUGACAAGGCACGUAUGCGCGAGGCCAUGGAGCGAAGUGUGCGAUGGUUGGAUCGAUGCAUCGCAGCUCACAAGAAACCGGAGUCCCAAAAUCUCUUCUGCAUUAUUCAGGGAGGUCUUGAUCUCGAUAUGCGACGAGAAUGCUGUCGCGAGAUGCUGGCCCGUGAUACCCCAGGCAUCGCCAUUGGUGGAUUGAGUGGUGGUGAGGCCAAGGCUGAUUAUUGCAGAGUUGUAGCAGCUUGCACAGAACUGCUCCCUGACCUGAAGCCGCGAUACGUCAUGGGUAUUGGCUACCCUGAAGAUCUGGUCGUGAGCGUUGCGCUGGGAGCCGACAUGUUCGAUUGUGUGUGGCCAACAAGAACAGCCCGAUUUGGCAAUGCAGUUACAAAACAUGGCGUCUUGAACAUCCGCAACAAGAAAUACGCUACUGAUUUCGGGCCUGUCGAGGAGGGUUGCAACUGCAUGGUCUGCAAGCCAAUCGCUGAUGGAGGGAUGGGUGUCACUCGGGCAUUUGUCCACCACAACGCCUCAAAAGAGACGGUAGCGGCGCACCUGCUGACCAUUCACAAUGUCUAUUAUCAACUGAACCUUAUGCGACAAAUAAGGGAGGCCAUUAUGGAGGAUCGAUUCCCUACAUUCGUGCGACAGUUCUUUGCUUGGCUUUAUGCGGAUAAAACAGAGUAUCCCGAAUGGGCAGUUGGAGCAUUGAAGGGGGUCAACAUCGAUUUAUCGGAAUAA